AAGUAUAUGUACACCAGUUCAGUGAUAAGGUCAAAUUUGUCAAUUUUUGUAGAACAUCGAGGUAAUUAUAUGACUAUGUAUUUAUACCUGUAUAUUGAGAAAUUUUGUUUUUUUUUUAAAUUUGCCCAUGAAAAAGUACAGUAUUAAAGUACUCUAUAAUGGGAUGGGAAAAGUAAUACAUAUCCUUUAAAUACACAAAAUUUCUUGUUAAAAAAAAAAAAAUUCCUAUAUCCCUAUAUAUUAGCCUCAUUUGAUUUUUUUUCUUUUGGGUGUUCCACUCAAUUUACCUUUUGGGCUAAUAUGAAUUCGGGAUCAAUUCUGCGUGUUUAGGUUCCAAUCCUCUCUCAAUUGUUAUUGCGGGAGAUUCAUUUGAAUUUUAAUCGUGUUUAAAACAUGUCUAUAUCGACUAUAUGCGAAUUUCGACAAUUAUGUUGUUUUUUUUUUUUUAGGAAAAUGAUUAUAUUGUUUCUUAUAUAAAAGUGGUCAUUUGUUGUCAAACUUUUAAAAAUUUGACUCACAUAAUUGUAAAUGGGGAUAGAGAUUAUAUUUUUAAUUUUAUGGAAAGAAAUCCCAUAAAAUAAAAUCCCACACGAUUUGGUAAAAAAAAAAAAAUCCCACACGAUUUCAUUUACCCUACACGUGUCAAAUUCUCAUUUGCCAUAAAACAUUAAAAAAUGUUGGAAUUUGACAAAAAAUAACGAAAAUCGAGAGUCCAAUUUCUUGUAAACUGCGUUCAAUUUAAAACCCCUGUUUCACUCUCAACUCAAACACCAACACAGAGAGAAAGACAAACUAAAGAACGCUCCUCCUCCUGCCAUUCUUUUUUCAGGAAAAAAAGUGAAGGACGAAAGACAAAGAAAUGGAGACAAAGAAGCAAUCUUCUCAUUGUUGGUGGUUUGACAGUUACAAUAGUGCAAAGUGUUCUCCUUGGCUUGAAUCUACUGUUACAGAGCUCAAUGAGAAGACAGAUUCAAUGAUGAAGCUAAUAGAGCAAGAUGCUGAUUCCUUUGCACAGCGUGCAGAGAUGUAUUACAAGAAAAGGCCAGAGCUUAUAAGCAUGGUGGAGGACUUUUAUCGGGCUCACAGAUCACUAGCUGAAAGAUACGAUCUACUUAAGAGUGAUCGUGGUGCUCGUGUUAGGUCCCCCUUGAGAAGUUCACUCUCACUACCAAAGGAGGAAUACGAAUAUGUGCUUGACUCUGCUACUAACUCAGUUAAAUCUUUUGAUAGCUUUGCUGAGGCGACAUACAGUUCUGAGGAGUUUGCUGAGUCUGAAAUAGAUGAUCCUGAUCAUGAAGAUGAAGUUGUGCAAAUUGAUCAGGAGACAGCAAAGCCAUUUUCUGGUGGGGCUAGUUAUGAUGAGCUGAUGAAACUGAGGGAUGAAUUGGAUCGAUUGCGAGAAGAGAAUGAGAAUCAGAACAACAUUAUCAAGCAGAAAGAUGGGGAAAAAGAGGAGUUAGUAAAGCAGUUGUCAGACAAUAUCAGUAAGCUGCGGGAGAUGAGGGACGAAAUGGCUGCAGUUAAGGAAGAUAAUUUGUUUGUUGUGAUGAAGCAAACUAGUGAAGUAUUAGUACCAUUUGACGAGGUGACAAAGUUAAAGGACGAAAUGGAGAGUCUAAAGGUAGAGAACAUGAAACAAAAGGAACUGGUGAAGAAGAAAGCGGAUGAGGUAAUUGAGGUAACGAAGAAGUUUGAGGAGGCAAAAUUUGAGUUAAUGAAGUUUGAGGAAGAAGCAGAGACUAAAAAUAGGUACUUGAAGGAUGCACUUGUUCUAAAAGAGGAAGAAAACAUAGAAGUUGCAAGGCAAUUUGAGGAGGCAAAGUCUGAGUUAGCGAAGUUGAGAGAAGAUAUAAAAAAAGAGAACGGGCAGACAAAGAAUGAAGAGAAGCAAGAGGCAAUCAGGCACCUGAAGGAUGCACUUGUAGAAAAAGAUGAGGAGAAACACGAGGCAAUUAGGAAGCUAAAGGAUGCACUGAUAGAAAAAGACUUGGAGAAAAGAGAUGCGAUAAGGCAGCUGACUGAUGCACUUGUAGAAAAAGAUACCGAGAAAAAAGAGGCAAUUAGGCAGCUGAAGGAUGCACUUGCAGAAAAAGAUGAGCAGAAACGUGAGGCGAUUAGGCAGCUAAGUGUAGCCAUGGAAAUCCUCAGGGAGGAGAGUAAGAUGCUUAAGAAGUCAAUCGUCGAUAUUUCCCCCAAGAAAAAGAACGCUGACUACCAAAUUUUCAAGGGUGUUAAUCUGGGUAAAUUGUUCAAUUUAUCUUCGAGCAGCCAACCUCUGAAGUAAACUGACAUCAUAUGAACAUAUUAGCACAUCUAGAACACAGUUUUGUUCCAGCAGGCAUAGGUUUGAUCUGAAAUCUAGAUUAAGAUAAGGAUUAUGCUACUAGGUUGUAUAAUAUGUUACUGUAGGGUACAUAUUCUCGAAUAUUUUGUCAGAUUGUGAAAUUGCAGCUUGUAUUCAUAUAUCUUUAUAUAA